CGAUAAGGUAACUUAAGACUAUAUAUUUAUAGUAACAGUCAUUUAGGUUUAAAAACUCAAAAAUGUACAUUAACCAACCAUGAUGAUUGAAAAUAUGAAUUACGACACAAUAACAGUAACCAGUUCUGUUUGCAAAGCAAUCCUUCAGUACUGUGCCAACUCGCAUCCGUUUGAAGAGCGUACACUAACCCUUGACCAACCUGUUAAGAUUGGCCGUUUGUUGGCUAAAGCCAAAGUCAGUCCACACAAUGGGAUUUUUGAUUGUAAAGUCUUGUCAAGAAACCACGCCCUGCUCUGGCAUGAAAAUGGAAAAUUCUUUUUACAAGACACGAAAAGUAGUAAUGGUACGUUUGUUAACAACCACAGACUCAGUAAAAGCGGUGAAGAGUCUAAACCACAAGAAGUGUUUAGUGGAGAUGUAGUCCAAUUUGGUGUUGAUGUUAUCGAAAAUUCUAAAAACAUAUCUCAUGGCUGUAUUACAGCUGUCUUAAAAUUAUAUCAUGCUGACGGUACAGAGGCUAAAUCUAAUCCUGUUGUGAAUUUCAUUAGUGAUGUAUCUACUCAAGAUUUAUACACCAUAGAUGCUUACAUACGAGAUGCAAUGCACAGGGAAGCAAAUUUAGAAAACAAAUUAUUUAACUUGGAAAGGCUGUUAUCCAACAUAAUUGGAGAAACGGAUAAUAGUUGGAAAGCCCUUGUUGCUGAGGAUCGUUUAUUAUCUAAAAUUGAAUUUUUAGAAAAUCAACUGCAAUACUACAAAAAGGACUUUGGAGAAGAUGAAAUGAAACAAGAAAUAUGUGAUUUAAAAAAAUAUAAAUAUUCAUACCAAGGAAUGGCUAAAGAUUGUUUAAAAAAAGAAAUGGAAGAAAAAUUGAAAUUGAUGCAAAAAUGUCAAGAAUUAGAAAGUCUGUUGAAACAUUCCAUAACUGAACAAAGUACCUUGAUGAAGCAUCUGAAUGAUGCACAAGAUGAAAUUAAAGAAGUUUGUUCUAAGUUAAAUACAGAAGUCGCUAACCAUGAAAAUAGUGUAAAAGAAUUUGAUGCAUCAAAAGAAUUACAUGUAACCGAAUUAAACACAUUACAGGAAACCAAAAAUGAAAUAGAAAUAAACUUUCAUAACAAAUGUCAAGAAAUUGAAAGAUUACGAGCAGAAAUAGCUAAAAUGAAUUAUGAGAUCAAUACACGUAAUGUGCUUCUCUUAACCUUACAAAAUGAACACGAGCUUACUGAAGAUAUUUCUCUUAAUAAGUACUUUAAUGAUAUAAUGUCUUACAUUGUACAUAUAUUGCAAGACCGCCAGACAUGUCUAAAUCAAAUGAACUCCCUACAAAGUCAAAUGCAAAAACAUAUAAAACAAAAAGCUGACUUAGAAAAUCAAGUAUGUCAAUUACAGACAGAACUUGAUCUUAAUCAAGAAUUGUUAGUAAACUGUGUAAAGAUUAAAAAUGUUAAUGAUACAGACAAUACAGAUCCUGAUCAAUUAAAAAUGAUUAUAUUGAAUGAUGAUAGCUUAAAAAAUAUUGAAGUUUUAUCUAAAGAUAUUGAGAUUCAAACAGAUUUUUAUAAACAGAAAUCUGAUGUUAUUGAAUUUAAACUAUCUGAAGCAAAAGAUGUACUGCUAGACUGUAUAACUAACUUAGAUGAUCAAGAAUCUACUAUAAAACAUCUUAAGAAAGAAAUUUCUUGUAAAGAUAUUGUACUAAUGUUGAUGUCUGAGUAUUUAUGUCAGGUAUCGAGUAUUGACUCUAAUAAUAUACAUAAUGUGCCAGAUAUACUGCAAAAAAAUCUUUGCUCUUUUAGUAACUUCAAAAGUCUUGACUCUAGUUUAGAUGAUUUAAAAAUAUCUCAAACUAAAUGUUUAAAUAAUUCAUCCCAAAUACUUGAAAAUGAUAAUGUAAACCAAGUCUUGAUUCAGGAGACCAGCUCUGAUACAGUGGACACUAAAGAAGAUUCAGUAUUUGACAAAAAUGAAUUAGAACAAAUUCGUAGUGAAUAUGAUUUAUGUUUAACUGAAAAAAACAAUCUGAAAUAUGAAUUAGAGCAAAUUACAUUGAGAUGCAGAGAGUUAGAACAAACUCCAAAUUUCCACUUAUUUUUCGCGUUACCAUCGAUAGUAUUAUUUUUAGUCUUAGUAAUUAGAUUUCAUUCAUAUUUGUCCUAUUUAACAGGAACAGCUGAAUGAGUGCAAUUAAAAUUAUUAUUUAUAACUUUAUUGUUAUUAGUAAGUUAUACAACUGAUAAGUGUUUUUUUUUUAGAUCAGGUAUUAUUGUAUAUGAAAAAAUUGAAUUAUAUAAACUACCUGUCAUAAACAAAAUUUUAUAUUAAAUUAUAAAUAUCUCAGUAAAUAAAAAUAAAUUAAUUUAAGUUAAAAAUAAUUACAAAAUUUUCUCAAACAGUAAAGCUGGAUCACAUCUAUUUAAAUAAUUAAAUUUAUCCUCCAGCUUUGUGUUUUAUUUGCCAUUUGUAGUUAUGUAUUAUUUUAUAAUUAAAAACCGAUAUUACUUAAUAUGUGAUUCCAUCCAUAAUAAUAUAUUUUUGAAAUUAUACAUGCUUUUUUUUACUUUAACUUAAAAUAAAAUAUAUACACAAUAUAUUUAUACAUUUAUGCUUAUUUGUUUUUUCAUAAGACGAUUAAUAUUUUCAAAAAUAUUAUUAUAUUUUCAAUGCUAUAAAAGUAUUACAAUUUAUUUAUUUAUUUUUUACAUUAAUUGUUUAACAUUUUGUUAUAAUUUUCUUAGCUUUCAUUGUAUUUGUUAUUCCCUUCUUCAAAAUUGAUCUAUAAAUCCUAUUAUUAUGAUACAAAAUUAUAUUUAUUACUUUUAAAUAAUUUAUUUAAUAAUUUUAUGAUUUAAGAUCUGUAAUAGUUUAUAUCUAAGAGUUUUAAUAUUAUUUAAUUAAUAUAAACAUGAAAUACUGUAUUGCAUAAAAUUAUUUCUAAAUUAAAUGUUACUUUACUACAAUAUUUAAGACCUUGUGAUUUUUAUUAGUAACAGAACAAUUUUAAUUAUUCAGGAUUGUUUUAUAAAUGUAUGCGCAAUGUAAAAUGUAUUUUAAACAAUGUAGUGUGUGUCAAUUCUAUUCUCAAAAAUAUUAGUUUCUUUUGAAUUUUGAUGACAGGAGUGAUUUUUAAUUUUAUUUUAGUACUUUAUUAUAUUUAUUGUUCUAAAUAAAUUUAUAUUGUCACAUUGUUUUUUUUUUUUUUAAUUUAGAAGUUUUGUAUUUUAAUGGAAAUUAUGUACUCGUUGACUGAACCAUCGAAAUACGAUUAAUACUGUAAAAAUCUAUAUAAUUAGUUAAUGUUGUAUGUUAUUGAAUUAUUAUAAACAUAAAUCAUUGUAGUCAUUAAUUAUUAUUGUUGUAAUUUUUAAACAAAAAAUAGUAAGAUUAUUAAAUUAUUA